AUUUCACCUCAUUGAUUAUAAGAGUAUUAGUAUCUCAUUUUAUAAUAUAAAAAUUUUAAUUUCUUACUUUAUGAGAGUCAAUUUUUUGACAGUUAUCUGUAUUGUGGACAUACCCACGAUGAUAGUCACAAUAUUUGCUUUUGUCUACUCGUAGGGAAUCAUGUAGCAGAGGAGGUGGUCUUUUGACCUAGUGGUGGAUCUGUGCCAGGAUUUAAGACCUUAACGAGUUCAGAGGAAUGUAGUUAGCAUAUUUUGGGAAGGAAGCUCAUCGCUUGGACAACUGAAAGUCUUCUGACAAAAUGAAGCUCGCUAAUUUGCCAUUCACCUCAUUCCAUGACUUAGGCGGAUUUUCCAACAGGUCGUCAAGAAACCGGCCAGGCUUGAGGCCAUGCAAUAAGGCAGACAAACAGAUGCUAGUUGAGCUACACCACCUUUUGUUUAGGGUUCUCACAAACGGCGCCAAAUGUUUGGGUAGCUUCACAAGACCAGAUAUAAUGCAUGGUAUUUUGGAUUAUUCUACAAGAAGGGUGACCAGACAGAUCUCGCAGGCUUUACAGACAGAUCUCGCAGGCUUUACAGACAGUGAUUAUGCUGGAGAUCUGGAUGACAAAAAAAGCACUUCUGGGUUUGUUUUUAUGUUGGGAUCUGGUGCAAUUUCAUGGUCUUCAAAGAAGCAGCCCAUUGUGACUUUGUCCACAACAGAAGCGGAAUAUGUGGCAGCAACUUCUUGUGCUUGUCAAGCUAUUUGGUUGAGAAGAAUUAUGGAAGAACUUGAGCUGAAUCAACAUGAGGCCACUUCAAUUUAUUGUGAUAACAGUUCAGCCAUCAAACUUUCUAAAAAUCCAGUUUUGCAUGGGAGAAGCAAGCAUAUACAUGUGAGAAUUCAGUUUGAGGGAGGGUCUACAGAUUCCAGAUCUGCAGAUAUGGUGUUAUCCAGAUUUCUUUAAACUAAAGUCUGAAGACUUUUAGUUUAAGGGAGGGAUUGUUGGAAAUUAGAUCCUAUUAUUUAGCCAUUAUCUCUAUAUUUUAGGAAGUUUAAGUUAUUUAUUUGUUUUAGGUUGUUAUCAUUUAAAUUAGAUUAGAUAAGAUUGGUUAGUUAUCUUUUUAGAUAAUAUUAUCUUAUAAAACCUAUUUAAAGGC